ACAGGCGGAGCGUAUCGUCUUUUCGGCGCAAGGCGCAAUUGAAACGUCGUGAGGUAAAUGCAACAAUUAGUCAACGCGACACCUAAGUAUCGCUUGUCAGAAUAGCGUAGCACAUUUGCACCAUGGCGUCCUUUUGCUGAUUGUUAUUGUCGUGGACAUGCUGGCCUGAAAUGCCGCUAUCGCUGCCUGUCCGAGUUCGCAGUGCCUGAAUCUGACGGCUCGACCACCACCAACAUGGGUCAGCCCGUUGCCACUGUUGCCAGCCUGUCCGCGCUGGUCCUCGCCGUCCUUCUGCUUUCAUCCUCAGUUCACGGCUCCCAGGGCGAUAAGGAGCCAGUCUAUCGGGACUGCGUGAAGCAAUGUGUCCGGACCAACUGCACCGGGGCCCGGCUACGUGGGUUCCAGUCAACGCAACCUCCCUACAUGGCGUUGACAGGUUGGACGUGUCGUGAUGAUUGCCGCUACCAGUGCAUGUGGACUACAGUUGGCCUUUACCAGGCAGAGGGAUACAGCGUGCCACAGUUCCACGGCAAAUGGCCGUUUGCGCGGUUCCUGUGUUUCGAGGAGCCUGCGUCGGCGCUGGCCUCGCUGCUGAACGGCCUGGCCUGUCUCCUGAUGCUCCUCCGGUACCGCAGCACCGUGCCGCGCCAGAGCCCCAUGUACCACACCAUCAAUGCCUUCUCACUGGUCUCCCUCAAUGCUUGGUUCUGGUCUACAAUAUUCCACACCAGAGAUACGUACCUGACUGAGAAGAUGGACUACUUCUGUGCAUCGGCUGUCAUCCUUUACUCCAUCUACAUGUGCUGCGUCAGGACGCUGGGUCUGCGUCGGCCGGGUGUGUCCAGUAUAGUUGGAGCACUGCUUAUCCUGGCCUUCACCUCCCACGUCUCCUAUCUCACGUUCGUCAGCUUCGACUACGGAUACAACAUGGCAGCCAACGCUACCAUAGGCAUGGUGAACCUGUUGUGGUGGCUGUGUUGGUGUUGGCAGAACAGGCGUACGCUGCCCUACUGGUGGAAGUGUGGCCUGGUGGUCAUGCUCCUCCACGGCCUGGCCCUCCUGGAGCUGAUGGACUUUCCUCCCCUCUUCUGGGUCCUGGACGCCCACGCUGUCUGGCACCUCAGCACCGUUCCAGUACACUUUCUCUUCUACAGUUUCCUGAUUGAUGACAGUCUGCACCUCCUGAACACAGAGAAGACUGGAGUUAAGCUGGAGUAGGAGGGGGCGUGACCUGCACCCAUGUCCCCCCCCCCUCGCUCUCAAUCACCCAAUCAGGCGAGCGGAAGCCGGAGUGGGAGUGCCUCCAGUCUCCGUGGCAACUUGCAUGACCCUCCAACCCUCCUCCCUCCACUCGGCCAAAAUCUCAACAACUUCAUUUUUUGUUUUGUUUUGUUGUUUUUUUUUCUUUCUCAAAUCCAUGCCAUUAGGUGCACAAAGGAUAUUUUUUUCUUUUUUCAGCUUUGUAGUUAAUUCAUUUUAUUGUUCUUGUCUUUUUUUUCAGCUUGAAAAUUGUUUUGUUUGACAUUUUGCAUUCACUAAGCUUUGCCUUGAAAGUAGAAUAGUUUGGAGCCUUUUUUUUUUCGUCUCACGGCGACCUGUCACAGACCUCAACACCACCCACACCACAAUACUUCAGGCACGUGUGUUAUUAGUUGACCACCGCUUGUCCCAGGUCUCUCUCUCUUAUAGGCCAGUACUCUCGAUUAGUCCAGCUAACGCUGUGGGAAUUCCUGAAUUGCAGGGAGACCUUGAGAUGGCUUUGUGGUUGAGAGAGAG